CAGGACGGCCGCGAAAAAGCCCUAUACACAUACCUCCUCAACCACCCCAACCUCGAAGUCCUACGAAACAAUCCGUCUGAAAUCCUUAAUGAAAUCGACAACUGGGCUGUCAAAGGAAGCCACACCAUGAUGACAAUCGGGCCUGACAGAAGCCAGCCAAUCCUUGAAGAAAUCCGUUCUGUUCGACCCAAGGUCAUGGGCGAGCUAGGCGGAUAUAUCGGGUACUCAGCUAUUCUCUUCGGAAACGAGGUGCGAAGUGCUGGCGGGAGCAAGUACAUUAGUUUCGAGUAUAACCCCGAGUACGCGAGUAUCGCAAAAUGGAUCGUGGAGCUUGCAGGGCUAGGUGGUUUCGUGCAGAUUAUUGUUGGGAAGAGCGCAGAUGGACUGGUACAGCUUGCCGGUGACUCUAAGAAGGUCGUCUUCGAUAUCCUGUUUAUUGACCACUGGGAGCCGGCGUAUCUCAGUGAUUUGCGCAUUUGCGAGGACCAUGGUCUUGUCAAGAGGGGAUCUGUUGUUGUUGCUGAUAAUGCUGGGAAUGGGGAGGCGGGUGAGUAUGUUCGC